AAUGCUGCUUAUUAUUAUUACAACUUCAUACUAUAAUGUACAAUGUUAAAUAAUAUAUAAAUUACUUACAUGAUGAUUGAAUUCGUAAAUGAGUGCAAUCAAUGGCAACGAUUCUAAGAAAUCCAGCAAUUUCAUGUAAUUUUUCUGUACUCUGUUGGUGUAUAAAAACAUACUUGUAAGCUAGCUUAUCAAUUGCAGAUGAUAUAUCACCAACAACUUCACUAUCCCAAUCGGGUAAUUGCAUUAAAACUUCCAAAUCACUAUCACGCGAACUGGAGGACGACGAACACAUUUUACUAAUGAAUAUAAAGUUGGAUGAUCGUAAUACCGAUCCAUAAGCCAUAAACCUACAAAUUUCUCCGAUAGCUAUCCGGAAUUGAUUUGGCCAAAUCUGAGCAACUGUCAAAAUGGACAUACAGGUUAUUGGCAUGUGUAAACACAAAUUUUCAUACAGAGGGCAAUCUUCAAUCUCUGAUCGGUCCUCUGAAGGAUUGGUUGAAAAAAUAGAUUUGUAACUCAAUCUAUGAUAUGAAUAUUGGCAUGCUUUUCUGUAGAAAUGGAUUUAAUUGUCGAUCUAAGUAGGCUAAAAUGGGAUUGAGAUUGAAUAUUAGUUUUGGCCGGUUUUUACGUGUGCAAAACCAGCGGAGCAGUAAUUUCCCACGCUUUAAUAGUGCGUGGCACGGAAAAGAUGUAUGUUCUACUUUAGAUAACAAACAUCGUAUUUUGUAAACGCAAGUGCAACACGAUCUCACACAUUUGCUACAAAGAUGUGAUUCAAUAAUGGUUUGUACAUGUUACAUAGUUUUCCUUUUGAUUAAUGUGUAUAGUGCUAAAGGAGUGAAAUGGGAAAACAUAAGGUGUUCCGCUGACACUGUCCAAGACGUUCCAGAAGAUAUCGGAGGCGCAAAUAGAUUUGCAAUUACAAGUGGGAUUCUUAUCCAUCCUGUGUAUGCGAUAGCUCCAGCGGAGGAUAUUGCUCGAAUACAGCCUGGAUCUUUGACUAACAACACACAAUUCAUAGUAUGGCAAAGUGCCACAAACAAAUACGUGAUGCCGGUGACAGAAUACUUUUUACAUACUGAAUAUGAAAAAAUAACCUUCGCUACCAUCGCGAUGCUGCAGCUGAACACCCGAGGAAAGACUGGUCUGGGCGAUAUAUCCGCACCAGUGCUACCAAUAUGUAUGCCGAUAAAAGGCGGUGGAGUGUUUGAGGAUUUCUACACAGUUAAAAUGACUGAUGAAAAGGCUGAAUUCUCGAAGGAAGUUAACAAAAUGAAGUAUGUAGAGAAUCAAGACUGUGAAGAAUUUUAUUAUAGAGCUAAGUUAACUCACAAAAAGAUGGCCCCAGUGUCACCAAUAUGUGCGGUGUCAGAGACACUGGGACGGUCGUGUAUAUGGGAUGCCGGAAGUGCCCUCAUCACUCGUCAAUCUUGGGGUUACUGGAAAUUGUUAGGUUUUGGUACUCGUGGUCCGGGGUGCGCAGCUCCAGCCCGAUACCUCAACAUACACCAAUACCUGGGAUGGAUUGACGAGGUGAUCAGCCAGAGACCUUUACGAGAGAGGUUUGAUGAAGAGGCUCUGAUCUUCAGACGCGUCAGCCCGGUCAAGCUUGUUAUGUACAAAGGCAAUCUUCGACACCCGAAGUCGCAUGGUCAAUGCGAUCGCAAGGAUCGUGGUAACGUGCUGUACAAAGACAGUUCUGAAGUCCUCAUCAACAAGAACUUUGCACAAGGCUUCUUCUUUCUGUCACUGGCCCAAGCGGCAUCGGUGCGAUGCGCAACUAUUUACCUGGAAGUCGGUUCACGCACCAACGCAGCCGUCUGGCUGGAGCACUAUUGUCAUAAGGAGCUCAUGGGACACAGACAGGGAUACAAAUUCCGACAUAUCAACCCAGACGAGUGUUUCGUCUACUUUACCAGCGUGGCGUUCAUCGAGUUUCGUUUCUACUUUUCAUUUAAAGCGGUCCUGGAGGUGACACUGUAUGGAUCUGAGGAAGACAUUAAAAUUGCCGAAGGUUUUUGGGCAGCCACAGAGUCUACCUACGCAUGGUGGCCCACUUAUACCACUAUCCGCUCUGGUGGGUUCGUCCCCCGAAGUAGUUGGUAUUGGUAUAUGUAAUAAGUAGAAUGUUACUUUUGUAAUGUUACAAUUAGUAUAUGUUAUUAUAUAAUUAUCACAGAGUCGAUCAUUAAUUACAGUGCGACACCUAUAUAUUUUAA